CACAGCCGCGGGGGCCGGGCCGGAGGAGGCGGAGGAGGUUGCAGCCGCCGGAGUCCUUCUCGACGCCCCCAGAUCCGGCCGGGAAGAUGAUUGAGGAAAGUGGGAACAAGCGGAAGACCAUGGCAGAGAAGAGGCAGCUGUUCAUAGAAAUGCGUGCUCAGAAUUUUGAUGUCAUACGCCUAUCAACUUACAGAACAGCUUGCAAAUUACGAUUUGUACAAAAACGAUGCAACCUCCAUCUUGUUGAUAUCUGGAACAUGAUCGAAGCCUUCCGAGACAAUGGCCUUAAUACACUGGACCAUAGCACUGAGAUCAGUGUGUCCCGCCUCGAGACCGUCAUCUCAUCCAUCUACUACCAGCUGAACAAGCGCCUUCCUUCCACUCACCAAAUCAGCGUGGAGCAGUCUAUCAGCCUCCUUCUCAACUUCAUGAUUGCUGCAUAUGACAGUGAGGGCCGAGGCAAGUUGACGGUAUUUUCAGUUAAAGCUAUGUUAGCAACCAUGUGUGGUGGAAAAAUGCUGGACAAAUUGAGAUAUGUUUUCUCCCAGAUGUCAGAUUCCAGUGGCUUAAUGAUAUUUAGCAAGUUUGACCAGUUUCUGAAGGAAGUUCUGAAGCUCCCCACAGCUGUCUUUGAAGGGCCAUCCUUUGGUUACACAGAGCACUCGGUCCGCACCUGUUUCCCACAGCAGAAAAAGAUAAUGCUAAAUAUGUUUUUAGACACAAUGAUGGCCGAUCCUCCUCCCCAGUGCCUUGUCUGGCUACCUCUCAUGCACAGGCUUGCCCACGUGGAGAAUGUCUUCCACCCUGUGGAGUGCUCCUAUUGCCGCUGCGAGAGCAUGAUGGGUUUCCGGUACCGGUGCCAGCAGUGCCACAACUACCAACUCUGCCAAAACUGCUUUUGGCGAGGCCAUGCCAGUGGCCCUCACAGCAACCAGCACCAGAUGAAGGAGCAUUCCUCUUGGAAAUCCCCUGCAAAGAAGCUGAGCCAUGCAAUUAGUAAAUCCUUGGGGUGUGUACCCACCAGAGAACCUCCGCAUCCUGUUUUUCCUGAGCAACCAGAGAAACCACUUGACCUUGCAAAUAUAGUCCCUGCUCGCCCUCCUACGAACCUGAAUGACACCAUGGUGAGCCACAUGUCCUCCGGGGCACCCACGCCCACCAAGAGGUUACAGUAUAGCCAGGAUAUACCCAGUCACUUGGCUGAUGAGCAUGCGCUGAUAGCUUCCUAUGUGGCCCGUCUGCAGCACUGUGCACGUGUCCUGGACAGUCCUAGCCGACUGGACGAGGAGCACCGACUUAUAGCCCGCUAUGCUGCCCGGCUGGCUGCAGAGGCAGGAAACGUGACCCGUCCUCCCACUGACUUGAGCUUUAACUUUGAUGCCAACAAACAACAAAGACAGCUUAUUGCAGAACUGGAAAAUAAAAACAGAGAGAUCCUGCAGGAGAUUCAGCGUCUCCGUCUGGAGCACGAGCAGGCGUCCCAGCCCACCCCGGAGAAGGCCCAGCAGAACCCCACGCUGCUGGCCGAGCUGCGGCUCCUGAGGCAGAGGAAAGAUGAACUGGAGCAGAGGAUGUCAGCAUUGCAAGAAAGCAGGAGGGAGCUGAUGGUCCAGCUGGAAGGGCUGAUGAAGCUACUGAAGGAGGAAGAGCAAAAACAGGCAGCUCAGGCCACAGGAUCACCGCAUACAUCGCCCACUCACGGAGGCGGACGCCCCAUACCCAUGCCCGUGCGCUCCACCUCUGCCGGCUCCACCCCCACCCACUGCCCGCAGGACCCGCUGAGUGGAGUCAGCGGGGACAUGCAGGAGGCCUUCGCCCAAGGUACGAGGAGAAACCUCCGCAAUGACCUGCUGGUGGCUGCCGACUCCAUCACCAACACCAUGUCGUCCCUGGUGAAGGAGCUCCACUCAGCAGGGGAAGGUGCAGAGGAAGAAGAAGAGAAGAUGCAGAAUGGGAAGGACAGAGGUUAGCGGAGUAGCCGGGCCAGAGAGGAAGCGUGGGCACAGGGGACGUGGAGCGAGCUGGCACCGACCGACUCGAAGAAGGCGAGGUGUUCUCCCAGAGGCGCAUUCCUGUCCAUCUGCUGCUGCACACCUGGACCAGGCUUGCAGGCUGCCAGACGUUACCACCUGCCAGGGAGAGGGGAGCCCAGGCCGGUGGGAAGUGGGAGGGACCGCCGGUGCCGCCUCAGGCGCACCCCCCACCCCACCCUCGCACAGUCCUGCAUGAACUAGCAUCUUCAUCACUCUCCUCCGGGCAUGGUCCC